AUGGCAUGGAAAUUAACCAAUCCCGAGUCAGAAACAGACGAUCCAGAAAAGUCCCUGGGAUGGGAUACUCCGCAGAACACCUUGAUGAUGCAGGGCUUUGAAUGGCACGUGCCAGCUGACCAGAAGCAUUGGCACCGUCUUAGAAUGGCUCUACCGAGUCUUCGGGAUGCCGGGGUGGACAAUAUUUGGAUUCCCCCGGGUUGCAAGGGAAUGGACCCGAACGGUACAGGGUAUGAUGUUUAUGACUUAUACGAUCUCGGGGAAUUCGAUCAGAAGGGUUCCAUAUCAACUCGAUGGGGACCGAAGGAGGAACUACAGGCUCUAAUAUCAGCGGCGAGUGAUAUUGGUAUAGGAAUCUAUUGGGACACUGUCUUGAACCACAAAGCUGGUGCAGAUUUUGCAGAGAAGUUCUCAGCUGUGAAGGUGAACCCUGAAGAUCGAAAUGUCAUUGUAUCAAAGCCCGAGAAGAUUUCUGGUUGGGUAGGAUUCGACUUCCCCGGCCGUAAAGGAAAAUACAGUACGAUGAAGUACCACCAUCAACACUUCAAUGGCGUGGAUUGGGAUGAAUCAAGAAAGCAACAUGCAAUAUACAAAAUUGCCAACUCACGCAAAUACUGGGCACAAGAUGUCAGUGAUGAGCAUGGCAACUACGACUUUUUGAUGUUCGCCAACCUCGACCACACAAACCCGGAAGUACGAGCUGAUAUCUUCAAAUGGGCGGAAUGGAUUGGAACCGAGUUACCAAUUAGUGGAAUGCGGAUUGACGCGGCUAAACAUUACUCGGCUGCAUUUCAAAAGGAAUUGGUUGAUCAUCUCCGGAACACAGUCGGCGCUGAUUAUUUUCUAGUGGGCGAAUAUUGGAGAGGAGAUGUGAGACAUUUGCUUAACUACCUCAAAGUGAUGGAGUACGGGGUUUCUCUGUUCGACGUACCACUCCUCGGCCGGUUUGCAGUAACCUCGCAGACUGAACGAAGUGACCUUCGCAAGAUAUUUCGGGGCACGUUGGUGGAACAGAGCCCAGCGCAUGCAGUACUGUUGGAAUUCUAUAACACAUUGAGUCAUGCUUACACUCAAAAGCAACCUGGCCAGUCACUCGAGGCAAGUCUCAGAGAUAUACUCACAAUAAUAACCCCAUUCUUCAAGCCGAUUGCCUAUGCAUUGAUACUUCUCCGUGGCCAAGGGCAGCCAUGCAUUUUUUAUGGCGACCUUUACGGAAUCAGAGGUGGCGUCGGUUAUCUCUCUUUGCCAUCCUGCAAGGGAAAGGUCCCUAUAUUGAUGCGUGCCCGUAAGCUAUACGCCUACGGAGAUCAACGAGACUAUUUUGAUAAGAAAAAUUGCAUUGGUUUUGUGCGCUACGGAAAUAAUUAUUUCCCAGAUGGUCUUGCAUGUGUUAUUAGCAACAUGGGAGCCACAUAUAAGCGCAUGUACGUGGGGAUUAGCCACUCAGGAGAGGAAUGGACUGAUAUACUCGAGUGGUGCAUCGGGACUGUGUUUAUUGACACUCGUGGAUAUGGGGUCUUCCCGGUAUCUGCAAAAAGUGUUAGCGUGUGGGUCAAUAACAAGGCUAAUGGAAGGAGGAAGCUUUCCCAGCUGUUGUACUACCUUGAAAUCAAGCCUUCGUUUGAGGUUUGA